AUGGAAAGCUACAAAAAUGCGAAGUUGAAGCUGCAAAGAAAGGACUUCCAAAAAGGGGAACUCCAAAUGGCGCAACACGCGGAUGCUGCCAACAAGAUGAAGGGGCGAGUGCCGGUGGACUUCCACCAGUACUGCCAACUGAUCGAGAAGAAGGUAAAACGUAUCUGCCCAGACGAAGUAGAAACAGCUCAACUUUUAGAAAAACUGAUAACAAAAUAUAACAUAAAAAAAGUGAAAAGAGUCUGCCUGCCAGUGAGCGAUGGAGAUAUUCAUUCCCCAUCAUCGGAUUCUUUCUUUAACGAUCACUAUGUAGCCAACAAACCGAUCAUCAUAACAAAUUUGGGCCGCAAAAUUGGGAAAUGCACACAAACGUAUAGCAACAAAAAUGUUAUUGACCAUAUAGGGAACACGAAAGUAAGCAUACACAUAAGCACCUCCAAAUUUCUUAACAACAUACAGAAGAAUUUCCACUACAAGUUAUCCUCCUUAACGAAUUUUAUACAACUCAUUGGGGAGGAAGAUCAAAAGAAGAACAGAUUUUCCCUUCGGUAUGAUGAAGGUGGAAAGGAAGUGCGCCUACUGUUGUGCAAGGCAGGGGAGGGGCAACACAACUCGCCUCCACACCACCCUGCUGUCGAAACUACUAACCAGGGGAGGGACCAUCAAAUGGAUGCCAAUCAGCAAAAAAGGGUAGAUAGCGCAAAACGGUAUUACUACUACAGAUCACUGGGGAGUAACCAAUUUAAGGACGUCUCGAAUAUCAAAAAAAUGAACCACUUCAUCAGAGACAGUUUUUUCCUGCCUGCACAGAUUUACCCCCCGCAUGACGAAUUUGAGUUUUUCUCCUCCGUUUUAAGAAUAGGCCAAACGAACAUCUUCAUUUGGCUGCACUAUGACAUCCCAGACAACUUCCUCAUUCAAGUAAAAGGAAGGAAAAAAAUUCUACUCAUCCCUCCGAAGUUUAUAAAAUAUUUUAACAUCGUAAAUUCCUCAUCCCCUUACAAUCUGUUCCACAUUUUGAUGGGGGGGAAAAAACUGAGUAAACGGGAAAAGAUUGUGAAAAAGGUACUCUGCAAGUUUGCCCUCGUGGCGGAUCUGUACCAAGGCGACAUUCUGUUCAUCCCCUCUCUGUGGCUGCACUACGUUUAUAACAUGCCGGCACACACCUACGUGAAGAGGAAGUACAGAUCGUAUCACCAGCAUUUGCUCCUCCAGACGGAGGGGGAAGCGGUGCAAUUUGCUGAGCAAAACAAAUGGGAGGGGAAAUUCCCCCCAAAUUGUCGCAACUCUCUGAACCGCUUUACUCUAAGGAGGGGCGGAUAUGCAUCCAUCAUGGGGAACCCCCCCCGUGACAAACAUAAUGGUCCCCAAAUUGAGUUACUUCCACGAAGGGGUAACACUAACGAGGCGUCUUCAAACAUACCAAGUGAUAUAUCGCAAGACGAAUUGAUACAACACUACAGCCAUUUGGAAAAUUAUGAACAUUUUUUGGAACAUCACUUUGGCAUUCGUGUUAGCCACGCAGAGGGGAGGACCUCUGAUGGUGGGUCUCCCAAUAACGGAGCCCCCCAAAGAGAUACCCCUCCAGCAACCCUUAGAGAGGCGCGCGAAGGGGAGACUCCUCAUUCAAAGGGGAACCCCCAACAUGAGCUUCAAGCAAAUUCUAACGGGGAAACAAAACGAGGGCAAACGUCCCAUGGGAACACUUGCUCCUCGGCUAAGCUAAACAUCAGCGUGAAUUACUUCUUCAGAAAGCGAAAGGAGCGACCCCUGUUCAGCAAAAAGGACCUAUACGGGAACCAAGACAUCAUUUUGGCUAGCCAGCUGUUUAAGAAAAUUCAACACGAUAUAGAACCGCUGCUGGCCGCGCCCCCCAAGUAUAAGAAUUUCUACCUCCAAAAGUUGCAAGGCGUUUUGCACGCCCAUCUGGAUGAGCAGUACGUGUGA